CAAACAAAAUAAAAAGAGAGACUAACCACGCAGUCCUUGGAUCUAUCAAAGCGCAAGCAAUGACGUCAGUUAAGAAUCUUCUGAAAAAAAAAAUCUCAACUCCAGAAGAUGAGCAGCUGAUCAGAUAAUGGGAAAAAAAAAACCCCAAACAGAUUACAAUAGCCGAGAGCCUUAAUAUAUAUAUAUAUAUAUAUUUAUAUCCUCUGCUUUGUAUUGUGUUUCUCACAUAACAAUAACACUUGUCUUUUGGGUUAUUUUUUCUUUAGUUAUCUGUGAAUUUCUAAACAAUGGCAGGUGAGUUUGUUCUCUUGAGCCUCGGCCCUAGCCCUUUUGGGAUGAGAGUGAAUAUUGCUUUGGCCGAGAAGGGAAUCGAAUAUGAACAAAAGGACGAGAACCUGUUCGACAAAAGUCCUCUGCUUCUACAGAUGAACCCAAUCCACAAGAAGGUCCCUGUUUUGAUCCAUAACGGAACACCCAUCUGUGAAUCUCUAAUCAUUGUUCAAUACCUUGAUGAGAUUUCAAAGGACAAGUCUCCUUUGUUACCCUCUGACCCUUACCAGCGUGCACACGCCAGGUUCUGGGGUGAUUUCGUUGACAAGAAGGUUCACCCAAAUGGGAGGAGAUCUUGGGCUGCCAAAGGGGAAGAGCAAGAAUCAGGAAAGAAGGAAUUGCUAGAGGUAUUGAAAGUGAUUGAAGAAGAGCUGGGAGACAAGCCUUAUUUUAAUGGUGAAACCUUUGGUUUUGUGGAUCUGAGCUUUGUUCCCUUUACUGCUUGGUUUUAUACCUAUGAGAAGGUUGGCAACUUCAGUAUGGAAGCUGAAUUUCCAAAACUAGUUGCUUGGGGGAAAAGGUGCAUGGAGAGGGAAAGUGUGUCCAAGUCCCUCCCUGAUCCACACAUGAUUUAUGACUAUGCUAUGGAUCGUAGGAAGAUAUUUUUAGGAGAGUAAAGGAGAUUAUGCACACAGAAAUGAGAUUGAUAAUGCUGUCAUUGGUUUUCAUCCACCCAAUUUGAGUCAAUACUCAAAGAGUUUUGAAGACUAAAUAAUGUAUAAAGUGAUUAUAUCCUUCUUAACCUUGGGCAUCUUCUACAUUAACUAGUCAUACUAUACUCAAAAUUUUUAUAUAUUUGUAUUAAGAUGUUGUAUUGGUUAAGGUUUUAAUGAUCUUAAUUUGAGUAUUCUGAAAGUAUUGCUCUGUUUCCUUUUA